CCACGUCUCACUCCUGGAAACGUCUCCGAUCGUUUAGUCUCACACUACCAUGUCCGAGCACGGUAUCCCUGAACACGAUUUGCUCGACGACGAGAGUUCGGUCGUUCAUGAUCAACAGGAUCUUGAUGCUCCAGAUGCUGGCAGCGACUGCGAAUGCGAAGUCACGCAGACGACGAAGAAGCGUCGCAAGCCGAAGGCAAAGUUCCAGCGUCUGUCGAAGGCUCGCCAGCUUGCAAAUGCGAGAGAGAGACGCAGGGCGCAGCGCAUACACGACGGAUUCACCAAUCUGGCGCGGCACGUUCCGCAGGAGCCGUCGGAAGAAAACCGACUGUCGCGGAUGGAGAUACUGCAGCGAGCGAUUGACUAUAUCACGUAUCUCGAGGGUCUUCUAGGCUUGGAACGUGACGGUCACCCACCGCCGUCAUUGGCCGAGACCCCGACCACUUCGGGUUCUGAUUCUAGGCAUGCUGCUGCUGCUGCACUCAAUCCCGGUUCGUCCAGCUGUAAAUCGCCUGUUGCUGUGUCGACUGUUAACGUGCAGACUCCGACUGCGAACAGUCUGACGGGAAUCGACUGCGCCCGAGUUCAUCCGACUGUGUCUACUACAACUUUCGGUGGCAGUCUCACUCUGUCUGCAGAAGGGAAAGUCCCGUUGGAUGAGGAAGAUCUCAACCUGGCCACAAUCGACUUCGACGUCGACGAGGAUCUGUCGGACAUUCCUGCCUCGCCUGAAGAUCUCUACAACGAUCUGGAGUCGAUUAUUUCGUCCGGCAACGAACAAAGCUCGUGUACUGAUGCCAGAGAUCUAGACUCGGGGUCCUACAUGCCAACGUGUGGCACUGCGUCUCUGUAUCUCUCGUCUGGAAACCAUGCGUUUUCGCUGCCGCUGGUCAGACAGUCGUCUGGUAAUCAAGUGCACUAUGCAUAUGGCCAACUACAGGCACCUCCGUCUUAUGAGACGGUAUCUGCAAGCCACCGAGCUCUACCGCGUUACUCUGCUGUGACGUCGACUCAUCAGGCUGGGUUAGUUACAAACGGCGCAGACACGUCGGUCAAGUCCGCGCAGAUUGUAAAUACCUCCGCUUUUUCAGCUCUUCCGUCUUGUAAUGCCUUUCUGCUGCCGCCUGCCAGACAGUCGUCUGGCAAUCAAGUGCACCAACUACAGGUCUCUCCGUAUUAUGAGGCGAUAUCCACAAGCCACGGAGCUCCUUACACUAAUCUAGCACAGACGUCGACUCAUGAGGCUGGGUUAGUUACAAACGGCGCAGAAACGUCGGUCUUGUCCGCGCAGAUUCUAAAUACCUCCGCUUUUUCUUCGACAGCGCUUCCGUCUGGUACUAAACGUCAACACGACGGUACUAUAUCUCAUCGACCUGAGACAAAGCGCGCUCGCAUGGCUACAUCAAAAGUAAUCUCGGACACUACUCGGAUUUCUCCGUCCUACGCUACCUGCAAUUUGGCUGUCGAGUAUCAGACUCUGCAAACAAACUCCUGCUCGGUCUGAUUGAACGGUUGACUUACUAGAGCGAGAAACAUGUUGCAAUUGCCUAGUUGCUCGACUGAGAGUUAUAUUUAGCUUGUAGAUUGGCUCUCUAGCUAGAGUACGUGUAUUGUACAUCUAGUCAGUAGACGGUGACUAAAUUUCGAAUUCGCAUCUCGACUAGCUAAUCGUUGUAUGAGAAUAUACUACCUCGAUAUCGACUAUA